UUCACUGGGUUCAUUUCACUCUUGCUCACCGUUACUGUCGUUCCUUGCUCUUGCUUGAGGUUCUUCUUUUCUUCAUAAUCUACGUCUGUGAUACUAAGGCGGGAUUCUAUUUCGGAAACAUGGGAAAGAAACGUAGCCAAAAGCGACAGAAGACCGAAAAUGCAGCGGACACAUUGCAACCUUUAGGUUCCAAAGCCGCGCUUCUGGACGACUCUGCUAAAGACGACGAAGAGAGGAGACUGGAGAGUGCCCUUUUUGGUGUACCGUACGUUCCUGGUCGGAAGAAGGAUGAACACGUACUUUUGCUUUCGGAUAACGAGGAUGACGAACAUAACGAUCUUGCAGGGGGCAAUGAGCUACAAGCAUUAAUGGAUUCAGAUUUAUUCUUCGUCGACGAUGUCGAUCCGAGUGCAGCUCAGGAUAGACCUGAAUUGGAUAUUGACUUUGAGGGUCUUCCAGCUGGUGAUGCUUUGCCAAGUUCAGAGGAUGAGGAUGAACACUCCGAUACCAGCGACCGUGGGCCAAAGCAUCCUGACUCUGACGAAGAAAUGGAAACGCCAGAAAACAUCGCUUCCACUUCCACAUUUCCUCCUUCAAAAGCGCGAAAAGCACCCGCUUGGGUAGAUAAAGACGACAGCAUAGUCCAGGUGUCCCUUACAGAAAAUAGGCGGCUUCGUAAACUGCGAGACGCACCGUCUGACGAUGUAGUCGGUGGUCGUGACUAUGAACGCCGUUUGCGAAGACAAUUCGAGAAGAUCAACCCGACACCGGACUGGGCUGCCAACGCGCGGAAGCAGCUACACCCCACAAAAUCGAAACGACGUCGACCUUCUGUCUCGUCUGUGACGGAUGAAAGUGAGGAGGAGGAUUUCAACGCGCUUUUGACAUCAACGGGUGGAAUUUUAGGACGGCCAAAAGCAAAGGCUCUUCCGAAGGGUACACUCUCAAUCGAACGUUUACGAGAUGCGAAUAUUUCUACUCGCUCAGAAGGAGCGAUAAAAUCCGUUCAAUUUCACCCUUCACCUCGACUAUCGGUAAUGCUCACUGCGGGUGAAGAUCGACGGUUGAAGCUAUUCAAUAUCGAUGGGCAUACAAAUCCACACCUCCAAACUGUACAUAUUCCCGAUCUUCCUAUAGCGUCUGCCAUAUUCCAUCCAUCUGGUUCCAGCGUUCUCCUCACUGGCCAACGUCCCUUCUACUACACUUACGAUCUCCAAUCUGGCUCCGCACAACGUUCUCCACGAGGCCUCUGGGGUACUACAUUUAACGGCCCAAAUCUCAAUGAAGGAAGCAUGGAAACUUGCGCUUUCGAUCCUUCAGGCGACGUUCUCGCUGUGGCUGGUAGGCGCGGCUACGUCCAUCUAGUCGACUGGAAGUCAGGUGCUGGUCAAGUCGUUGGCAGCGUGAAGAUGAACUCCACGGUGAAAAGUAUUUGGUGGACAAACGGACGUAAUGGGAAGAGUGAGUUGAUGAGUCUGGGCGAGGAUGCAGAGGUUUACGUGUGGGAUGUCGGCGAGCGGCGUUGUGUAAAAAGAUGGAAGGAUGAAGGUGGGUAUGGAAGUAAUAUUAUAGCGGGGGAUCAGUCAGGACGAUAUCUUGGUAUUGGUUCUCGACAUGGUCUAGUGAACGUGUACGGUUCAGACAUAAGUUCUUCAGGCGGGUCAGACCGACCAAAGCCACUGAAGACUCUUGAGAACCUCACAACGUCUAUCACAUCCCUCCGCUUCAACCAUGACUCGCAACUGCUUGCGAUGGCGAGCAAUGCCAAAAAGGACCAGAUGCGUAUGGUAGGUCUUCCUUCUAAUCGUCUGUCUCCUUCACAACUAGACGAACUAUUUUGCAUUAGGUCCAUCUACCAUCCCUCACGGCGUUCUCGAAUUGGCCAACGUCCGGUACACCGCUAGGUCACGUUACUAGCAUCGACUUCUCGACAGGAAGCGAGUAUGUUGCGAUUGGGAAUACUCGCGGUCGUGUCUUGCUGUAUCAACUUCGGGACUUUGUACAAUCAUAGGAGCACCUGCAGGGAAUUCUUCUCCGAAGUUAACCGCAAAGAGGUCACAGUCUAUGAGCCCUUGGGUAACUUCACUUGGAAUGUACCUGCGUGAUGAACUCGUCAACUUAGUCUUAUCAAAAUCUUUGAUGCGAGACAUACAUUGGGGUAAAGACGAAAGCUCUGGCACUACGGCUGCUUGGAAACCUAGUCUGGCUAGUGCGCCCCGAAUGAUACCACCUGGCAUAGCGACAUACUAAUGACAGAUAUCAGUCAGAUCUGAGCUGCAAUGUGAAUUAGCAGGGCUCCCACCAGCUUUGCUCGUCUUAGUGCAUCAGCUCGACCUUCCCAGCUAGAUAGACGAGAUAUUGGUUUGAAUGUAUUGUCUUGCAGUACAUAUACACCCUAGAGCAGACGUCAUGAUUAUAAUGUCUGGUAAGACGUGCGAUACACG